GGGUGGCUGUCAAGAAGCCAUUUUUAAGGAAGGAAAACAGGGAGAAAAGGCUGAUGGAUGCCAAAUUACACAAGAACAGAGUGUCUGCAGCCAUCUGUAAGACAAGACAGAGGCUCCAUUGUGGUUUGGGGCUCUAUCUCAGCCAGUGGUGGAGAUGUUAAAAUUGAUGGAAUUAUAGAAUCGGAAAAGUACCAUCACAUUUUGAACUACCAUUUGACUGGCAAUGGCUUCGUUUUUCAGAGUGACAAUGAUGCCAAGCGCAUUGCCAGUGAAGUAAAGAAAAGAAACGAUGACUUAAAAUACACGAACGCUUGCCUGAGAGACUUCAAGCUGUGUUGAAGGAUAAAGGUAGUCACACCAGAUCUUGUACAAACUACAUUUUUCCCUUAUAUAUUGUAUUUCUAUGCAAGUUUGUGUUGCACCUAUUUCUCCUUUUCUUUGCAAAACAUAAAGGAAUGAGUGGUUUCAGAAAUGGUGGCACAAGACUUUUGCAUAGUAUUGUGUCUGCUUUUAGACAAGAGCAUCCCCUUUUUUUGACUCGUAAAAAAGAACAAAAAAAAGGGAAACUGUGGUCAUAGAGGCAAAGCAAAAUCUCCUCUACAGUCUGGCUAAUUGGCAGGUUAAAGCUUCCUGUCACUGAUUUCCAACAUCAGCAACAGCUUCUCUCGCCCUGCUUUCUCUUCUGAGAGGGUAAAACACCCCGGAGAGCUGCUCCCAGACAUCAACGCAUCACUUUGCCAGAAUUCCACACACACACAAACACAUACAGCCAAGCAGACGACAGAUGUUCCAAAAUACCACAACAGUGCAGAUGCAGGCUGGGAAAAGCCCUGUGAGGUUUACAUUGCUUCACUAUAAAGCUGCCUAGGGCUUUUAGGGUUGACGUGAGCGACAAGCAGUCUUUGUGACUCAGGAAUCAGGAAGGCAAAGAAUAAAGGAAAAGUGUCCUAACACGGUGAGGUAUUGGAUUUCUCUUUAUUUUCUCAUUUGAAGUUGUGCAACAACUUCUUUUUUCCCCUCCUGCGCUGCCUUUUAUGAACGUUUGUAUCAGUGUGGAUCGGGGCAAGAGAGGUGAAGGAGUCGUGUGUGGGAACUACAGCAGGAAGGAAAGCGCAGCUGGGAAUUUUUGCCUGGAGCGAGACAGACUGGAGGUCUGUAGCAUAAAAGGAGGCAAAAAUAAAGACAAAAAAAAGAAGAAAAGGGGAGAGAAAUGAGCAAGGAGCGCAGAGGAUGAAGAGGGAUGAGAGGAUUUAAUGAGUUGGACAAGAAGUGAAAGUGGACUUCAUGAGGAGGAGCAGGGUGGAGACAAGAAGAUAACACAAGGAAGGGAAACUUUUCUCCACGCCCCUCUUGGGGAAAAAAAAGAAAAAGAAAGGAUGGCAAGGCAAAUAACACAGUCACGCCACCUUAACUCAUUUCUACACCUGUGCACUUUAAACAUGCAGAUUUAAAUCUUCCUGUCAGAAAUCACCCAGGAAGGCGGCCAGCUUAAACACACGAUAAUGAAAACCGGACCUGGACCUGCACACAAGCGCUGGCACUGCAUUAGACCCGCCACGCCAGCUGGACGGGGUUUUAUUCAAAUCUGUUGUGAUAAGCAGAAGUGCGUUGUGUUGUUUCCGAGGACUUUGCUCUCCAGGACUGUGUGAGAGUUGUGUUUUCUGCACCCCCCACUGCACUCGCCGCUCUCUCCCUCUGCUAACCUGUAAUUUGAUGUUUGUGUACAUACCUGCACAUGCACACCCACACGCUCUACUCUCUCUCUCUCUCUCUUUUAUAUGUGCACUUGCACACGCUCUCUCUCGCUCUUCCUCUGAGCAGCAGGUCCCUGGAAGCAGCCAGACUGUCACUGACUGCCGCUAGCACAUGUUCGCUCUCAGCUCGGCACUUUCUUCAGUAGCUGCCAAGAGAGGAGGAGGAGGAGGAAAAGUGAGGCUGGAAGAAACAGACUGAAACACAGAUAGAGAACAGAAAGAGAGAGAGAGAGAGAGAGACUUGGACCAACCUGUGACUGCUUGCCUCUGCCUGGCUGACUGUGUGUGUGUGUGUGAGACUGGAGGGAGACUACAAGUGAUGCCUCACACAGUCCCGAGCAGCACAUAGCCAGGACUUUGCUCAGCUUUCUUUGUCCCCCCUAUACACCCCCUCUUUCUGUUUCAAUGAUGAGAAGAGAUCGCAUCUUACUAGCUGUGACCCUCACGGCCGUCUUCUCCGCCGACCUCUAUUUCAUCCUCUUGCCGAAGCUGCGGAGCAAGGGCCUGACAUCGGGACACUCCUGCUCAUGUGGUGCCAACAAACUCACCCUCCCCCCAAGCCAGGGGGGUCUGGCCACGCCGCAGCUCUCCAACUGGACUUCUGCACCACUCCUGGACGGCACCACGUCUGAGCCUGCGUACGGAGGCUCAAAGCUGGUGAGGCUUUUCUCUCACCCUCUAUACAACAUCCAGACUCCGGCGCUGGGGCCAGAAGAGAGACUGCUGCAGGUGGAACAGCUGAUUGACUACUACAGGAGGAAGGUGUCGCACUGGGAAAGACACAUGAAGCUCUACAGUGAGGCAGCGGCUCUGGCUAACAUCACCGUGACUAAGCAUGAGGUGACCUACGACCCUGAUGCCAGCUGGCUGAAGUUCCACCUGGGAAUAAACCGCUAUGCUCUGUACUCCCAUGAUGACCCUACUGUCCUCCAACUUAUCAAGGACAUGCAGAGCAUGACAGUUAUCAGUGCAGAUUACACUCAAGAUGAGAAAGCCCUAAAAGGAGCGUGUGAUUGCACCCAAGUGGUGAAGCCCAGCGGACAUCACCUGAAACUGGCCCUGAAAAUGCGCAACCUAGCUAAAGCCAUGUUUAAACCAAUGAGGCAGCAGAGGGACGAGGAGACUCCAGAAGACAUCUUCUAUUUCGUUGACCUGCAGAGACACAAUGCAGAGAUUGCUGCUUUUCAUCUGGACAGGAUCCUAGACUUCCGGAGAGUUCCUCCAGUGGUUGGCAGGCUGGUGAACAUCACAAGUGAAGUCCUCAAAGUAACCCAAAAUGAAGACCUACGAGCUGUGUUCUUCACCUCCCCUGCAAACAACACGUGUUUCUUUGCCAAGUGCCUGUAUGUGUGCAAGACAGAAUAUGCAGCGUGCGGGAGCCCCGACCUGCUGGAGGGCUCCCUGUCCGCCUACCUGCCAGGCCUCAGCAUUGCUCCCCGCAUCUCCAUCCCCAGCCCAUGGAUGCGUUCCUACACCUUCACCGGACGGGAGGAGUGGGAAGUGAAUCCUUUCUACUGCGACACAAUAAAGCAGCAGUACCCCUAUAACUCAGGAAACAGGCUCCUAAACAUCAUAGACAUGUCCAUCUUCGACUUUCUCAUAGGGAACAUGGACAGACACCACUAUGAGAUUUUUACCAAGUUUGGGGAUGAAGGCUUCCUUCUUCACUUGGACAAUGCCAGAGGGUUUGGGAAGCACGCUAAAGAUGAGCUGUCCAUCCUGUCUCCACUGUCCCAGUGCUGCAUGAUAAAGCAAUCCACACUGCUGAGGCUGCAGCUCCUGGCCCAAUCAGAGUUCAGGCUCAGCGAUGUGAUGAGGGAGUCCCUGCAGGAAGACUCUUUAAGGCCCAUCCUGACGGAGCCCCACCUGUUGGCCCUGGACCGCAGGUUGCAGAAGGUUCUCCGAGUGGUCCACCGGUGCGUCCGGAGGCUGGGCAAAGACGAAGUGAUCACUAAGGACUUUGUUAAAUCCACAGUGACUCCCGAGGCUGCCACAGACGGGACGAUGCGAAGGUAACAGAGGAUGCGCUCGGCUUCUGGCUGCUCGGGAAGAGACUCGUAAAAAUAAGACUCGAUAUAUUUUUAGGAAAAAGCCAUGAGUCUUCAUCACAGAAGGAAGGAAUCUCUGACACCUUCACAUGUUUAAAUAAAGACCCUGUUUUUCUUUUCUUUUUUUUUUUUAAUGAAAUAAAAUGAAGCUUUGUGAGUGGAAACUAACAGCAUCUGAUACAUAGAGCCACCAUUGGCGUUAGUAUUUAUGAGGCAGAGCUGCGAUGCACUGGAUCAGCUGUUUUUUUAAAUGAUUGUUGGUUUACACUGUGGCUGUGGAAAGAAAGCUCUGCGUGUCCGUGACAUAUAAUCAGAAAAUAAAGUCUUUAUGUGAUGACUCUGCGAGUUCUGAGGAGAAGUUAUCACCUUAGAGCGGCAGACUGUGUGUGUGCGCGCUCAGACAUAUGUUUGUGAGAAAAGUGCUACCUAUUAAACAGCCACUUAGUUUACUCCACCCUGUUUUCCAGACUUGUAAUCCUCCGUCUCAUCAGAGUGUUUAAACAGCUUCACAACGUCACCGUCAGCUCCGCCAGGCAAGGACACAGAAACAGCAAACCCAAAGCAAUUAGCAAAUAUACAUUUCAUUGCACCACACUAAUAACUCUCACCCAAGCGGACUUAUUCCUGGUAUAAAUUUGUGAGUGUGAGGUUUUCGUCUGAACAUGUCAGAGCUUUGACCCGUUCAUUCCCUUUGUUCUCCUCCAACUAACCUGAUAAGUCUGUGUUGCUCUGUGAUGUAGAGUAAGAUAAAUAACCACAGCUAUUUUUAAGAGACUUUAGAGCCAAGUGGAGUCAGACUUGAGCUUGACAAAGCAGACAGAGUGGCUGAUAAGGAUCCUUUACUUAAAACAGGCCCUCGAGCACAGGUAAAUCCCUUCAUACCAAGCAUUUAUACAAUACGCCUUCUCUAAAAGCUUUCAGUGAAUGAAUGUCUAAAAUAAAAGGUUUACCAAAGGAAAGCACAGAGAGGAUUUCCAAAUAAGCAGUAGUUAAAGUUUGGAGUAAUAUAAAUGUUGGGUCAUAGUGCCAAAUACAACAAUCUAACUUUAAAUGUGCUCAGUUGAAUAAUAUCUGCUAAAGACGGAGUUUUAAAAAGCUUCAGGAAAAAACAAAUUUAUUAUAAACUGGAUAAAAUUCUCAAAUGAGGAAUGAAGAAUUGUAUCUGUUGUUUAAAUUGUUUAAUUGAGGCUUUUGCUUGUUGAGCAAAUCAAUGUUAUUUAUUUUUCUGUGCAAUACCUCCACCUAGUGUGCAAAUUUGAUAUUGCAUCUUUUUGAAAAUACAAGGACAUGGCUGGCAGGUGCUUUUUUUUAAACUUUUUUUUUAAACUUUACAAUUAGAUAUUUCGAGGUGUUGAAUUGCUGGUUGGGUAUUUUAUGAAAUAUGAAGAAUGACGUUUGGACGCUGGGAAAAACAAUAAUACAAACAAAGAAGUGCAUGCAGACCCAGACAAAAAAGUCACAAAAACAGAAACAGAUCUGUCCACCGUUGGCUCCAAUUUAAUAAUGAAAUUCUUAAAGCAGUCUUGUAAUGAUGACAUUGUGAUGCAGGGAAUCUUCCUGAGGAAAACAUGUAUUUCACAGUUAUUUGUCACAGUUAAUUAGUAUAUUCUAAUGUCUUAAACUAUCCAAGUAAUUAUUAAAGCACCUAAAGCUAUUACACUACAAUUAUUACAACGAUUAUACAUUGUACUGUGUAAAAGUCUCAAAACACCAGUCAUUACUUUAUGUUUCACUAGGAAAAUGAAAAAUAGGUGUAGUGAUUUAGUGAAAUAUGCAAACAUACAUGUACAUACAGUAUAUAAAGCAAAAGUUUGUACAAUUUUAUUAAGCUUGAAAGUCAAUAUUUGUUGUGACCACCUUAAUUCUUCAGCAUAGCCUGAAUCUCUUAGGCAGCUUUCUUUAAAUAGUCUUCAGCAGUAGUUCUCCAGGCUUCUUGAAGGACAUUCAAAGCUCUUCUUUGGCUGCCUUUUGUUCUGUUCUCUGUGUCAACAUGAUCCCACACUGCUUCAAUAAUGUUGCAAUCCAGGCUUCAAGGAGGCCGGUCCAUGACUGAUAGUGUGCACUGUGUGUUUGGGACGUUUUCCCAGCAUCGUAUGUUUAAGAAUUAAACCACUGGCUAUCAGAUUCUGUCCAGGUGAUAUUGAAUGGUGGAUCAAAAUCUGACAGUACUUUUCUAAGGUCAUAAUUCCAUCAGUUUUGACAGGAUCUCCAACACCACUGGCUGAAAAUGCAGCCACAAACCAUGACAGAGCCUCCACUGCGAUGGCUGUAGACACUCACUGUAGUACCUCUCUCCCGACCUACUUUAAACACCUUCAAGACAAUUUGAACCAGAAUUUUAAAGCUGGAUUCAUCACUCCAUCAGACCUGUUGCCACUGAUUUUAGUGCAGUACUUGUGUAGUUUGGCGGGCCUCAGUUUUUUCUCUUUCUUAAGAACACCUUCCUGACAGCCACACUUCCACUGAGACCAUUUCUGAUGAGGCUUCAGUGAACAGUAUGAGAUACACAUUUUUCUUCCUAUUUCUUAUUAGGUCACGUGACGUUCAGAUACUGUUCAUCUGCUUUUUGAGUCAGCAAUGCCUUCUUCUGUCCUCCAUUUGUCGAGUUUCCUCAAUGUUUUAAACACAUUUGACACCAUGCUGAGAUAUAGCAAGUUUCUGGGUAAAAGCUCAGCUUGUUGGUGCAAAAAUACUUUUGUACACCUGUCAAACUGUUUUAUCUUGGACAUUUUUCAUUCAGUGAACUAAAGAAAUGAGAACAGAUUAAAAACAAACCCCCCUAAAGACAGGCUGCUCGUAACAAAAUGCCCAGAAUCUACAAGAUUUUAAAAGUUAUCUGUUAUGUUGUGUAGACACGACACUAGUCAAUCCUUUGAGUUUCAAUGAUUCACAGGUCCAUGUUAAGUGGCUUAAACAAAAUCACUCUUCUGAAAAUAGUCAGGUAUGAGGACUGGACUGGAAAUGAGUGAUCAAGCAGCCAAUGUCUAAUGAAGAACCCUGCACAGUAUUGCAAGUCUGCAAAGGAAGAAGUCUGAGACAAAGCAGAGUUUCUUUUUUACUAUUUUAUUGCUUAAACUGCCAUCUGGAACAAUCUAUACCAAAAGGAUAAACAUCUUUGCACAUACAGGAGGUCAAACUAAAUACAGGACAGAAUAGAAAAAGAAUGGUCCUCUUAUGGUCUGCAGCUCUCUGUGCUGCAGGCCUAACAAACUCACUGAAGGUCGGGCUAGCAGGAGUGACUGACUUCUACUGUAAGCCCAGGUUAGGUAAGCUAAGGCAAACUGGGACGACUGCAGUGUGGCUAAAAACGUUUUGGACUCAAACCAAUGAUGCAGCUAUUUACACGAAAACAAUAUUCUGACAGAAAGGUGAAACCCUCACCCCUAACGGAGCCAUUUCCCAGAUGUGUUGUCAGUGGACACAAAUCCACAGGUAAGCCACAUCCGCAAGGUUUAACCUGAGGGUUAGGGGCAUGAUGAUCAGAUUUAAGCGUGAAGAAACAUACACUCACAUCCAUGAGGUCUUCUCACCAACCUGACUACCCUGCACUCGGCACAUAAAAUCAAACACACAUCUCAGCUGUAAGCGAGUACAAACGCUCUGAAUGAGAACCAAAAGAAACAUGAUUACAGGUCAUCUCUGUUAACAGACAGUGAUGCAGGAAUGUAGAGUUAAGCGUAGAAUCCAGAAGUCAACAUCAUGUGAUUUGGUAAAGAUUUUUUUUUUUUUGUCCGUUUGUUUUUUUUUUUUUUAAAAAGAAAUAUUUCAUUUUAUUAUGGCAUCUAAAUAGUUGUGAAGCAGUUCAGCUAAGGAGUAACAAACCAAAUAUUCAACAGGGUUCCUGCAUCUGCAGGAAGCUGCAGGACUUUUUUUUCCUUUCUUUUUCUUUUUUUAAAUACAGACUUCCAUUCAUACCAGAUCACUGGAUGCCUAAAACAUCAUGCCAGGUAAGCAUAGAGAACAGGUCACAAGCUACUCUGAUGAAAAGACAGCCAUCUUUUCAAAUAGGCAAUAAGCAAUGACACUAGUUUUAAAUAAAUAUCCGCUCGCUCUGCCUGUCAACUCGCCUGUGCCGAGCUGUGAAACAGAAAUACUUCAGAUGUCCUGAAAAAUCCUUUAAAACCGCUUUGUAUUCCCCGCUUCGAUAAACCUUUAAUUAUCCCUUUGAUCUAUUUUAAAAAGUUUUUACCCAUGACAUUUUACACAAUACAAUUACAUACUGUUUCAUCAGUUGACAAGAAGAAGCAUUUAUUUUUACUUUGUGGCACUGGACACCUAAAAUAGAAUUUAUGGAAAAAUAAGUGUUUACAAAAAGACAAAGUUCAACAUAUUUUUUUUUUUAAACAAUCACCAUCACUCCAAACCAUAAGUUUAUCAUUUAGUCAAUGAUAAUAAUAUAACUAGGAUCAUUUUAACUAUACUAUAACAUUUUGAUUACAAACCAUAGCAGAAGAGUGACCAAGUUAUUUGGUAUAUACUAAAGAAACUGAAUACUGAAAUACACUUAAUACUCUUUUUUUUUUGUCUUCCUUUCUUUUUAUUUAUUUAUUUAUUUUCCUCAGAGUAGUCAAGGCAGUUCUUGUAUGGUCGUCCUAUCGAUUAAGAUGACUACAGGGUGAUAACUACUUCCUGUGUGGAACAGAGCACGCAUUGCAUUCCCACGGCUAUGCAUCUUUGCAUUGAAUGACAGUAAUCAAACAUUUGGCACUAGCCUGGUAGCUGCACAAUAAAAAAUAUUUGUUGUACAAGCUCUCUCGAACUAAAAGAGACAUUGUUUUCUCGUCGUACCAAUCAAACGGUAACCAAAGUCGAGCAUUAGAUCUUCACGCCCUCUACAGUUUCUCGGUUCUGCUCUACUCUGUGUGUGUAGUCAAGCUAAUUGAUGUCCAAAAAAGAAAAAAAAAAACCAACAACAAAGGAAACUUUUCUUCACUUCAGUCUGUAACAAAAAAUAAUAAUUUUACUGAAAGCGCAAUGUAAAGUCUGAUUGUCUGUCUCAUCAGUCUGAGAACCUUUCAGAUCUCCCGCUUCGUAUCGAAAAAAAUGAAGCUUAAUCAGCAAAUACAUAUAUAACAUAAGUAACAUGUGGUGUAACUGUGCCUACAAGGUAGCGUACAGCAGCUGGUACAAGCGCUGGUGAAUGGCUAAAAAAAAAAAAA